AUGAACUCUGUUCGUGGGCAACUGUUCAUUUUAGAACAGAAAGACUUGGAUUAUGUAACACACCACCUGAAUCUAUCUAUCUAUCUAUCUAUCUAUCUAUCUAUCUAUCUAUCUAUUUCGAAUCUGUUCAUUAUCUAUCUAUCUAUCUAUCUAUCUAUCUAUCUAUCUAUCUAUAUCAUUACGUUCUUUACCAGUCUCUCUUUAUAUGAUAUUACAGUACUUCUUCUCCGGUCCCGACAACUCUCUUAUAUCCGGGUUACACUGUAUAUUAUCUAUCUAUCUAUCUAUCUAUCUAUCUAUCUAUCUAUCUAUCUAUUUAAUUAUGUCCUUCUCUCUCUCUCUCUUUCUCUCUCUCUCUCUAUAUAUAUAUAUAUCGAUAUCAUUACGUUCUUUACCAUUUUCUCUUUAUAUGAUAUAUUAUCUAUCUAUCUAUCUAUCUAUCUAUCUAUCUAUCUAUCUAUCUAUCUAUCAUUAUGUUCUUUACCUUUCUCUCUCUCUCUAUUUAUGUUCUUUAUCUUUCUAACUCUUUAUCUCUUUCUCUCUCUAUCUAUCUAUCUAUCUAUCUAUCUAUCUAUAUCAUUACGUUCUUUACCAUUCUAUCUCUCUCUAUGA